UUUGAGGACCUAGUUCGAUUCCAUUCCUAUGGGGAGCUCCUAAUUUUCCACAAGCUUCAUCGCUAUCGAUUGUAUUUAACUUUCUUCUUCUUCUUUUGUGUUGCUCCUUCUUCUUCUUCUCCUUGCUCCCAAUGUGUGAUUUCUAAACUACAUAUCAAAUAGAUGACAUUAAUUCCCCGCCGUCAUCGUCACCACCGUCAAGAAAAAAUCGUACUCAACGUCGUCGUCGUUGUCGUUGUCGUCGUCGUUGUCGUUGUCGUCUUCGUCUCCGUUGUCGAAACGACGAACAACAUGAAGUAAAGAUACAAUCGAUUUAAAAAUUAGACAAAAUAUCUAACUAGAAAUAAAAUAGGUAUUCUAUAAUAUUGGGAGAAUGUGAAAAGGCAUAAUAUAGGAGACAAAGUCACUAAAAAAAGCCAAACAGCCAAAGAACGGGAAAUCGAAUGGCUGACUCGGGCACUGUGGAAAAAAGUGUUUUAAUAAAACCAGAAGAACACAGUUUUGACGGACACGAAAAGGUCCUUUCUUCAACAAUCGCAACUGAAGGAACAAGUGCCUCAACAAAUUUUCGAUGUGAACGAUGUGAUACCUUUGAAACAAAUUCACGUCCAUCUCUUCUGCUGCACAUGGUGCAAUGCCUGUCUAGCUCUUCUAGGCUGGCUGUGCCAGAAGAGCAAGAUCAGGACAGCUCAAAUGGGGUAACAGAUGCUAGCCAGCCGGGAGAGCCGGUUAAACAACAAAGUUCAUCAAGAAAAGUGUUCGAGUGCGAUGUUUGUAACAUGAAAUUUUCGAACGGUGCCAAUAUGAGGAGGCACAAAAUGAGACACACGGGAGUCAAACCUUACGAAUGUCGAGUAUGCCAAAAAAGGUUCUUCAGGAAGGACCACUUAGCUGAACAUUUUACAACACACACUAAAACGUUGCCUUACCACUGUCCCAUUUGCAAUAGAGGAUUUCAGCGGCAGAUUGCAAUGCGGGCACAUUUUCAAAACGAGCAUGUUGGACAACACGAUUUGGUUAAAACAUGUCCAUUGUGUAGCUACCGGGCAGGUUCAAUGAAAUCCUUACGGAUUCAUUUCUUUAAUCGGCACGGAAUUGACCUAGACAAUCCUGGUCCCGGAGGUCCAUCGUCAUUAUUACUUGCAUUAGAGUCUCAAGGAUCAGCGGCGGCAUUUGUGCAGAAUUUGAGUGUUUCGCAAACUCCUGCUCCAACACAUAGUGAUAGCGGCGAAUCGUUGCGCUCAACGGACAAUGCAACGCCACCAAUGCAUUUUCUGACGCCUCAUGUUGAAAUUUCAAUGACGGAAAAUGGGGAAAUAUUCAACAAUAACCAGACGGAGGUUUAUGUGGACCCGUUGACCAAGAUAAAAAUGAGCAAUGAAGCAGCAUCGAAUGCGGCAACACCACCGCCACAGGGGGAUCAGCAUUUACCAACAGCAGAAUGCAUUGCAAAAACUCCAACAAGUACUAGCAAUUCUAAUAAUGUGAUGGUAGCGUCACCCAAGAGCAAUAAUCAUCAUGAAAACCACAUCACACCCUCAAUUAGCCUGAUACCUAUAAAACAAGAGCCUUCAAACGAUGAAACGGUUGAUAUAAAAAACCUUAUAACAACCAAAAACAAUAUAGCCGAUUCAAAUAACGGAGAUAAUGAAUCUGAAAUGGUGUCGCCAAACAGUAGGCUAUCUUCAUUGAUAAAGGUUUCGCCGCUUAAAUCAUUGCUGCGUGAGGAUCUUAAACGCCGUAUUUGUGCCAGAGCUAACAACAGGAUCAACCGAAGUGCACUUCUCGAUAAUAACAAUGUAAUGCCAAAUGGUGCAGCACAAAUAGGAAGCUGCAACUCUUCGAGCAUUUGCAACGGCACCAUAACAUCAAGCGGUCAGGACACCGACUCAUCUAUGAAUAACAGAAAACAAAUUUUACCAUGUCUCUUCUGCGGAAUCGAAUUCCCAGAUGAAACUUUAUAUUUUUUACACAAAGGAUGCCACAGCGAAAGCAACCCUUGGAAGUGCAAUAUUUGCGGCGAGCAAUGCAACAAUGUCUAUGAAUUUAAUUCACAUUUGCUGAGCAAAAGCCAUCAGUAGUAGUAACGGUACUAAUUUGAAGAUGGCCUAGUAGUGAAAACAACAAAAACAAAACUCUUUGAUUUAUUUUAGGAAAUUGCAAAUCACAUGUGAUAAUUAAGCUUUCCUUUACACAAAUCAUAUCUUUUAUUUUUGUUUGUUCUGUAGAACAACACUACCCUCUGCAGCAAUAGAAGCAUAAUUUUGCAGUACAACUACCAAAUGCUACACCUAUUGCUAUGGUGAACUCUGGUACAAAUAAUUUCAAUAAACCGCACUAGAAAUCUUCAAAUAGAUGUAUGGUAUGUGAUCAUAAACAUGCAGGCAUAUACAUAUGUAUAUAAUAUUAUUUUGAUAGCAAAAUAUAGGAGUAGGAAAUCAAAAUUUUCAAAAAAAAAACAAAAAACAAAAAUGUGUUAAAAGUUAUUAGAAUUAUAGUGUAUAAACACAUUUUAUUACUUAGUACGUUUUAGGCUGAAUACUAAGAUAGAACCCCAUGGUGAAGGUUAUAAAAUACUUAGAUAUAUAAGAAACACCCUGCGAUAUAUUCGUUUAGCUCUAUAAAGGUAAUAGAGAACAACAAAAAAAAUAAUAUUUAUAUUGUUGCAAACAAUUUUAUUUAUAUUUGUCAAAAAACAAAAAAAAAAGUUUUAAAGCAGUAGAAAAGUACCUUACAAAUUGUCAAAACAAAAAAAUACAACCUUAGAAGGAUAUUACACAAUGUCUACAAAAUAUAGUGAAAUCGAAAAUCGAAGGAGAACAAAAAUUAUUACAAUAUAAUAUUUUUAUAUUUGGAGCUACGUAGAUACCUACCUUCCAUGCAUUGUUAUUUAAACUGGCAAUAAUGAUAUAUACAUUCAGAUAUAGAUACGUAUAUGUAUAUAUCUGGUAGAUUUUAAUAUAGAAAACAAGAUAAAACAUUAUUUAAUAGAAUAUUUAUCAUGUUAUGAAUUGUAAUAUAAUUACCGUUAAAUUGCCUUAAAGGCAUAAAAUUGUUAUGUUUUCAGAGUUUAACAAACAAUUAAAAAUACUUAUACAUAUAAUAAUAAUGUAGAGAAAAAAAAAUUUCCAGAACGAGAAAAGUAAAAAUUUAUAAAAAUCCGUCCAAAAGUUCACAAUUUUUUGUGUACAACAAGAAGAGAAAUUGAGAUUUUUUUGUUUCAAUUUAAUAUUGUUGAUUGUUUUAUUAUUUUAGCAUUCGCCUUUUUAAUUAUUGACCCAUUCAAUAAAUUCUUUUUAAAUCCAAUGCAAAAUAAAUGUUAUCUUAACACAAUAAUUUAUUUAUUAAAAAAACAUGUACAAACCAAUACUAAAUCAUUGUGAUUAAAGCACAAAUUUACAUAAUUAAUUAUCAGAAUUUAAAAGUUAAUAUAAAGUUGAAAAAGCACUAUCAGUACUUGCAUGUUAUUUCCCGGUACAGAACAUGUAAAAUUCACACUUCCCGGUACCAUUUCUAGUUGCCCUGCGAUUUGUAGAGGUUAUUUGUAUGGCUUUAAAAUGUGAUUGAUCAAAAAUGACUUUUUAUUGGUUUGCCGUGAAUCAGAUAAAUAAAUUAUAAACAUUGGAUUUUGGUUAAAUUUAUUUUUGCUACUGGAUUAAAUUGAUUUGCUGAUGGAGAAAAUUACCUUGCGAAUGCUAUUAUAAUUAUAAAUAUAUAUAUAUAUGUAUGUUAAGAACUAUUUAAAUUUUUUUUGUUGUGUUUUCUUUUUUAAACCUAGACAAAUUUAUUAUUGAAGAUUAAAUUAUUUUAAUUGUUAUAAUUUCGUUGAAUUGUUUUAAAUAAACUUGGUUUAGCUAAA